CCUUCAUGCAUUGUGGGGUGCUUUGUCAUUUUGAAACGUUCCCUGAAUAUUUCUGUCCCUGUGUUGGUGGUGCUAAAUAUGUGUAUGCGACCAAUAACAUUCGAUUUGACUUGAUGUAUUUUUGUAUAUUGGAGACAUUCUGCGUUGGUAUACUUCCUCAACAUAGUGUUGGAAUAUAUCCAUUAUAGCCUGAGCCUGUGCUAGCUGAGAGCUUGACCAGUAUCUUUCUUCGGCUGUCAAGGGAGCACUGCAUGCAAACCUGGAAAGACUGCACAGCUGGGGUCCACAGACAGAGAGAAUGAAUUAAGACAGAAUGAAAAGACUCGUGAGUAUUUUGUCUGCACAUAUAGCCUAAGCCUUCUGGUCAUUUGAAGGUGACGCUUACCCCUCUACACCGACUAUAGCCCACUCUUGGAUUUCAUUGUGUGAUUUGCAGGGGUGCAAAAAAUAUCCUUAUCUUCAAACAAGGCACCGAAAUGUAGCCUAUAAAAAAAGCACUGCAUCUGCGGGUACCAUAUUUCUCUUUUACCCGGGAAAGGUUUAUUGGAAAGGUUUGACCUGGUCUGGACGCGUUCACUGGAAGAUAACGGGGAUGCCACGGUUACGCGCAGAAGCCGCUCGAGGAAGAGACAGGUGCGGCAGAGGGGAUUGGUAGUUUAAUAGCCGAUUCUCAUCCAGGCAUUGUGAUUACCAAGACCCAGAGAGAGCUUGGUGCCCUGCUCCACCCUUUGUGUUGAUUUCAGACGUGGAGGAAAACCCGUCUGCGUACGAGAGGACGACUGGCAACAAACCAGACAUCGCCUGCUUACCUGUCCAUCUCGCACAGUGAAUGUGCCCGUGCUGUGCUGCCAUGACAACCAUGGCCCCUCCCUUCAUGUUUCUCCUCCUUCUCCUCCGAUUGGCUCACAGUUCUUUCCCAGAGGAGCCCGGUCCGCUCAGCUACGCUCCCUUAGAGGUGGUGAGGAGGUAUCCUGUGUUUGUGGGUAGAGCUCAUCAUUCCUCUCAGAGACAGGACCUGCACAUUCAGACAGUGCUCCAGGUCAACCGCACUCUCUACAUAGGAGCCAGAGACGAUCUAUACAGAGUGGAGCUGGACAAUAUGUCAGGGGAUGAAAUGUUCUACAGCAAGAAGCGGACGUGGGAAUCCAAUAAGAAUGACAUUCGAGUCUGCAGAAUGAAGGGCAAACAUGAGGAGGAGUGUCGUAACUUCAUUAAGGUGGUGUUGAGUCAACAUGAAGGACUGUUUGUGUGUGGAACCAAUGCCUUCAACCCUUUGUGUGCCAACUACACUAGAGACUCUUUGGAGAUGGUGGGAGAGACGGUCAGUGGGAUGGCUCGUUGCCCGUAUGACCCCAGACACGCCAACGUGGCUCUGUUCGCAGAGGGCAGUCUCUUCACUGGUACUGUAACAGACUUCCUGGCGAUUGAUGCUGUGAUCUAUCGUAGCCUAGGCGACAGCCCCGCUCUUCGCACUGUCAAACACGACUCCAAAUGGUUCAGAGAACCCUUCUUUGUGAGUGCAGUUGAGUGGGGGCCUCACGUCUACUUCUUCUUCAGAGAAAUGGCCAUGGAGUUUCAUCACCUAGAGAAGGUGAUGGUAUCUCGUGUGGCGCGGGUGUGCAAAGGGGACAUGGGGGGCUCUCAGAGGGUGUUGGAGAAACAGUGGACAUCGUUCCUGAAGGCCAGACUGAACUGUUCUGUCCCAGGAGACUCCCACUUCUAUUUCAACCUGCUCCACGCCACCAGCCCCAUACUCAACAUGAACGGCAGAGACGUCAUACUGGGACUGUUCUCGACACCACCCAACAGUAUCCCAGGGUCUGCAGUCUGUGUGUUUGACAUGCAGCAGUUAGCCAGGGUGUUUGAGGGAAGAUUCAAGGAGCAGAAAUCUCCAGAAUCCAUCUGGACACCCGUGCCUGAUGAGCUUGUGCCCAAACCCAGGCCGGGUGGCUGUGCGGUGCAGGGGUCUCCUUUCAGCUCAUCUAAGUCUCUGCCGGAUGAAGUGCUGAACUUUGUAAAGACUCAUCCCUUGAUGGACGAGACCAUACCCUUGGUUGGGCACAGACCUUGGGUUGUCAAGACUAUGGGCAGGUACCAGUUGACCGCAAUGGUGGUGGACACAGAGGCUGGUCCCCAUAGGAACCAUACAGUGUUGUUCCUGGGCUCCACGCGAGGGACCGUCCUGAAAUUCCUCAUCCUCCCCAGCGGAGAAAACUCUCCCACACACAGCAGUGUGUUUCUGGAGGAGGUGGAGGGAUUCAACCCUGAGAAAUGUGGAGAGGACUCGGUCCAGGCCAGACAGUUGUUGUUUCUGUCUCUGGAUCGUCCAAGUCACACUCUGCUGCUGGCCUUCACUUCCUGUCUGGUCAGACUGCCCACAGCACGCUGCCACCUACACUCACGCUGUAUGAAGAGCUGUCUGACCUCCCGAGAUCCCUACUGUGGCUGGACCAGAGGCAGCACCUGCUCCUUCCUCAGACCAGGCACACGGCUUCCUUUUCAACAAGACAGUGAGUACGGCAACUUCUCCCAUCUUGGAGACUGUGAUGGUGCCAUACAGCAGAGUCUGCUGAUCGAGCCGGAGAGCCUGGUCUCCCUCAACCUGCUGGUGGCAUCUGCAGUCUCAGCCUUCACCAUCGGUGCGGCGCUCUCGGGGCUGGCUGUCUGCUGGAUUAUGGCCCACAAGCCUGGCAACCGUCGCCACGGCAACAAUACCCCCCAGUCCACUAUCCAGCGCCAGGAGAGGGGGAUGUUGACGUCAGGAGGAGGGAUGGGGGGAUCGGUCCUCAGUGUGACCCGUCAGGGAGGAGGCGAUAGACCCUGCUCUCAGGGCGGGGAGACCCUGUUUGUGAUGCCCAACGGCUGGGGGAAGUCAGGGGAGCUGGACCCAGGGUUCCUGCCUACUCCGGAGCACACGCCCCAGCAGAAAAGACGCGGGCUCAGGCUGUCUGAUUCUGGAUCAGGGGGGUGGGAUAACAGCCAGACCUACCUGGGAGGGAGUACCAUGGGGCUGGCGUCUCCCUGCCCUCUCCCUUGCCCCCCACACCCCUCCACCGCUGUCUACCUGACCACCAGACUAUUUCAGGGGGGAGGAGGAGGGAGGCACGGGGGUGAGGAGCGAGGAAGAGGAGGGGAGACUCCUCGCCAGCACUACGUGUGCCUGAGCAAGCCCCGGGGGGAGAAGGGCAGAAGUGGGACACCGAAGUCGGCGCUUCGUAAGUCGGCAGGGGAGUACGUGUACCCCAUGACCCCCCAGGAUUCUCCGGAUAGGAGGAGGGUGGUGUCAGCCCCCAGCGCCCCUAUGGAGUUUGGGGAGCCCCUGCCACUCCGCUGGCCUCCCCAGGAAGGCUACAUCCUCAGCAGCCAGGGCAUGGUCCCUGUACCUCCAUCCUCCAUGCCCACCAUCAAAGGCCAGCAGUACGUGGCCCAGCACCACACACCUGGGCCGGGCAGGUCUCAGCUGAGAGGGGCCUUGGGGAGAGGAGAGCUGGGGGAGCUGGUGGAUCUCAGCCAGCUGCUGAGUAAGAAGAGUUCCAAUGAGAGGACUCACAACGGGCAGUGAUCAAGCAGGGAAACCAUGUCUCUUUCUAUAUCGUUCUCUUUCUGUCUGUUCUACAUUUUCUCUCACUCUCUCUUUCUCUCUGACCUCUUUCUCUGUCAUUGUCAUUUAGUCCUCCGGAUAUCUCUGUAUCUCGCUGGCGGACUCCUGAGGCUGUUCUCGCUGGCAGACUCCUGAGGCUGUUCUCGCUGGCAGACUCCUGAGGCUGUUCUCGCUAGGAGACUCCUGAGGCUGUUCUCGCUGGCAGACUCCUGAGGCUGUUCUCGCUGGCAGACUCCUGAGGCUGUUCUCGCUGGCAGACUCCUGAGGCUGUUCUCACUGGCAGACUCCUGAGGCUGUUCUCUCUGUGACUGGUUGAUGCUGCUAUCACUCAUACCCUGCUUGGCUGUGAUUGGUCAGUGGAAGUGAGGUUGUUGCUGUGUCUGCAUUGCAGAGCUGCCUCUCCCCUCUGGCUGCUUAGAGAGGGGAGAGAGGAGGAGAGAGAGAUAGCGGGAUUGAAAGAGGUGAGAAAGAGGGAUGGAGAUGGAAAGAGAAAAGGGAAGGAAGAGUUUGCUAGACAGCAGAAUUCUUCCAAAAGAACACAUUAAGAGAGAACCAUAAAUAGGAAGGAACAUGCAAAGAGACCCAGAGACAGACACUUCCCUGUGCAACAAACAGGGCAACAAGGACUGACCGAACAACAUGGCCACAGAGCCCACUGUCAGGUGUCAGAAGACGAGACCCAGUGGACAUCACUCCUACACAGUGUACUUUGUCCACCUUCCAGUGCAGACUGAUUGGCACUCUCUGACAAUAAGACAAUGGAGGACACUGAAACAUGAAUUGUAAACACAUUACUUUGAAGCAUCUUGCUGCAGGUGAAUGAAGCAGACACCCCCCUGGGCUCACACGUCAGAUCAUCAUCUACUUUUGAUUUACACUUGAUUUACAACUCAACCAAAACUGUGAUUUGGUUCAUAAUAACGUGAAUUUAAUGUGAAAUCAACGAGAAAAUGUCACCAGGUCAUUGGAUUUAGGUGAACAGUUGGGUGAAAACAAGACCAAAUGCCCCUACGUUGAUUCAAUGUCAUCACAUAGAUUUCUGGUGUUGAAAUGACGUGGAAACAAUGUUGAUUCAAACAGUUUUUGCAGAGUGGGACUGUUCUCUCUCAGUAACACUGAGGUCAUUCUGACUCUGACUCUGAAUGUCACGAGAAUAUCUGAUGAAGAGUGUCGAAAGGAAGCGGCAAUGAAGAUUUAAUAGCCUGCCCUCCAGCUGCCUCCCCAACACACACACACACACAGGUCAGUUUUAAUAAACCCACCCUGCGGGGGACCAGUCCUUGGUAUCGUGGUGAGGGGGACAUUGAUUCCCAGUGUAUGUGAGUCGAGAGGGGGUGUAUAGUACCGCUCCUAACCUGUCUCACUGGG